AUGGAGCAGCUGUAUGGAGCUGUCCUGGCCAUUCAUCACGCCCGCAGAGUCGCCAAUCUGGACUUUGACGCCCGCGUCCCCAUCCCCUUCAGUGUCUUCCCGUCGUCGUACCGGAGUGACGCUGCAAAUCAUCACCCGCCAGCUCCUGUUCCUGUAAACGAGCCGGAGCCUGUUGCGUAUCCCGUUGAGCAUCAUCAUCACCAUCAUCACGACGACAGCCACUCGCUCGUCGACCGGGAAGAUACUCGAACGGCCGCUCCUGCACUUCCGGAUCCCGCUGUUUACGGCAAGGAAGAAAUUCCGCAAGAGUUUGUGAAUCACCAGUACAUCGAGGAACCUACUCCUGUCCAUACUCCUGCUCUUGUUCACGCUCCUCACCACCCCGAGCCUGAACAACCUUUUGAUAAUCAACUUGACCUUGUCGAGUCUGAAUAUCGUCGUCGGACCAGCCCUGCUGCUUCCGUCAUCAGCUCCUCUUCCAACUCUUACCCUUCUCAAGAGUUGACCCCUACCUACUCUCAGCCUUACGAGUCUCACAGCGUCGUCUCUUCGUCGCCUUCCCGAGUCUCAUACACCCCCAGCCAAUCUCCGGCUUCUUCUGCUCUUCAGGUUUACCAACCUCAAACCGCUAUCCAAAACCACCCUACUUCCAAAAUGGGUUACUACGACGACGACGCCCCCGCCGCCGGUGGUGAGAUCCGUGCCAUUGAGCGCGGUGGCAGCAAGCCCGCUGGCGAGCAUGUCCCCAUCCCCUGCAACUACAUCCGCCUUGGCGACAUCCUGAUCCUGCAGGGCCGUCCUUGCCAGGUCAUCCGCAUCUCGGUCUCCCCUCAGACUGGCCAGCACCGCUACCUGGGUGUUGACCUUUUCACCCGCAAGCUCCAGGAGGAGUCGAGCUUCAUCGACAACCCUUCGCCCUCCGUCGUUGUCCAGACCAUGCUUGGUCCCGUCUACAAGACCUACCGCAUCCUGGACAUCUACGAUGACCAGACCAUCGUCGCCAUGACCGAGUCCGGUGACGUUCGCCAGGGUCUCCAGGUCGUUCCCCAGGGUGACCUCUUCAACCGCAUCCGUAAGGCUUACGCCGAGGGCCGUGGCUCCGUCCGCGCUGUUGUCAUCAACGACGCUGGCCGUGAGCUCGUUGUUGACUACAAGGUCAUCCACGCUUCCCGUCUGUAA